UUUAAUAGUGAACAGACUUCAGUCAUUUCUCUGAGCGGACUGGUUUGCAUGGUUAUGUUUUUCCUCUCAAAACAGGCUUUCCUUCAAAGAGGAGGAACAUAGAGUAAGUGAAAGACUCAGCAUGUAAACUGUCGGCAUAUACUAAACAUCUGGUGAGAAGUCCUGUCUGGCAACUUAGAGGUGUUGUAAAUAGGACAUACGUGAGCCUGUCAUAGGGUUAUCACCAUUGUGAAAUCAAUUCCUCGGGCAGUGGUACUGGAUUAUAUUUAUAAACAAUGACUUCUGAAACAGGCAGCAGCGUCUGUCCAAAGUCUUUAAUAUUGUCUAGACCUUGUACAGCUGGUGGCACAACCAGGCCAGUUGAGCAGAAUGUGCACAAUGAAGCGCCUCAGGGAAUAAAUGGAAGUGUGCCAGUCAAGCAAUACCCACGUUCAGCUUCAAAUCCAAAGCCACAAGUGCCUCCAAAGCCAGUUCAUCUGCAGAAGGUGUCACCUGUUACAUACCAAACCCCUAGGCAUAAAGCUUUAUCAAAUCAGAAACCGAGAAUGGAGGAAGAGACGCCCGCUGCUGUUUCUGGUGUCACAAAGGAAAAGUCCAGUAAAGUAUCAGAUCUCAUCAACCGUUUUGAGGGAGGCAGCUCAUUAAAUCCUAGUGAUAUGAAGAAAGAUUCCUCUGUUCUCCACAUUUCUAAAUCUCAAGGAAGAUAUGAGUUAACACCAGCACCUCAGCCAAAACUCCCACUUCAAAAACAAAAGCACCCACUACAAAAACAGGGAAAUGGUAAUACUGACAAAACUCAGGUUGCAGAAAUACACACAGCCAAUGGAGUAGUAGCACAAGACCAGAUAGAAGAUGACGACAGGAGGAUACCAGAUCAUGGCUCCGCUGUGACCACCCCGGUUCCAGAUAAUGCUAUCAACAGCAGCUUGAUAAAUGGGGAAAGCAAAAGUACUUCCAGAGAGUCACUGCAAAGUCUAACUGCCUGUGAAGGACAGAUGCUUAACAGCUGCUACAGGACUCCAAGCAGUGACACACUGCUCCCAUCUGAAAAUGAAAUUCUAGAAAUUAAUACGAACAUGAAGGAAGAACCAACUGAGGAAAUCAGUAAGCAAGAUCAACCUGUAGAAACAAAGGAGACAGAUGAGCAAAAACGUCAUAAAAUUGCCAGUGAACUUCUGCAAACAGAAAAAGCCUAUGUCAGCCGACUUGACCUCCUAGAUGGGGUAUUCUAUUCCAGGCUCCUCGAGGAAGCCAACAGAGGUUCAUUUCCAGCUGAAGUGAUUAACAAAAUCUUUUCUAACAUUUCAUCGAUAAAUGCCUUCCACAGUAAAUUCUUACUUCCAGAACUCGAGAAAAGAAUGCAAGAAUGGACUACCACCCCCAGAAUUGGAGACAUUCUGCAAAAGCUAGCUCCUUUCCUCAAGAUGUAUGGAGAAUAUGUGAAGAAUUUUGAUAAUGCCAUGGAAUUGGUGAAAACGUGGACUGAACGGUCACCUCAAUUCAAAUUCAUUAUUCAAGACAUUCAGAAGGAAAAAGUGUGUGGAAAUUUGACAUUGCAACAUCACAUGCUAGAACCAGUACAACGCAUUCCACGCUACGAGAUGCUUCUAAAGGACUACCUAAGGAAAUUGCCUCAGGAUUCUCUAGACUGGAAAGAUGCUGAAAAAUCCCUGGAAAUUAUAUCCACUGCAGCAAGUCACUCGAAUAGCGCAAUAAGAAAAAUGGAGAAUCUGAAGAAAUUGUUAGAGAUAUACGAGAUGCUGGGAGAAGAGGAAGACAUUGUGAACCCUUCAAAUGAACUGAUAAAAGAAGGACAGAUCCUUAAACUCGCUGCUCGCAAUACAUCUGCUCAAGAACGGUAUCUUUUCCUAUUUAACAACAUGUUGCUCUACUGCGUCCCCAAAUUCAGCCUGGUAGGAUCAAAAUUCUCAGUUCGAACCAGAGUUGGCAUAGAUGGUAUGAAGAUUAUAGAAACUCAUAAUGAAGAAUAUCCACACACUUUUCAAGUGUCUGGAAAAGAGCGAACACUGGAGUUGCAGGCCAGUUCUGCACAAGAUAAGGAAGAAUGGAUAAAGGCACUUCAGAAUACGAUAGAAGCUUUUCAGCAGAGGAAUGAAACUUUCAGAAAUGCUAUUGCUAAAGAAUAUGAAGACAUGCCUGUUGAGGUAUCUAAUGCUGAGCUUGGGAAGAGAGCACCAAGAUGGAUACGAGACAAUGAAGUAACCAUGUGCAUGAAAUGCAAGGAGCCCUUUAAUGCCCUGACAAGGAGAAGGCACCACUGCCGAGCAUGUGGACAUGUGGUUUGCUGGAAAUGUUCUGAUUACAAGGCACAUCUUGAAUAUGAUGGCAAUAAAUUGAACAAAGUCUGUAAAGACUGCUAUCAUGUUAUAAUUGGUUGUACAGACAGUGAAGAAAAGAAGAAGAAAGGGAUCCUGGAGAUUGAAUCUGCAGAAGUUUCUGGAAAUAGUGUUAUAUGCAGCUUUCUUCAGUACAUGGAAAAAUCAAAGCCCUGGCAGAAAGCAUGGUGUGUUAUACCUAAGCAGGAAGCUCUUGUGCUGUACAUGUAUGGUGCUCCACAGGAUGUUAAAGCUCUGGCUACAAUUCCACUUCUGGGCUAUACAGUAGAUGACACUCCAAGAAGCGCUGACCUCCCACACAGCUUCAAACUGACCCAGUCUAAGUCUGUGCACAGCUUUGCUGCGGACAAUGAGGAACUAAAACAGAAAUGGCUGAAAGUUAUCCAUUUAGCUGUAAAAGGUGAGACACCAGAAUGUCAAACUGAACUGCAGGUGAAUUUAGAAGAGCAACCUGAGUCUUCUAAAACUUGUGAAUGCUGAAGCUCAAGAACACAUGUAUUUUUGAAAGAUUUCAGUUGAAUUUGUGGUUAACCUUUGUGUUAACUGUUCUUCGCUCAAUCAAGAAAUCUUACAACUGUACACAUCUUAGCACUUUAUGUUUGGGAAAAAUUCUGGUCUUUUUCGGGAUCUUUUUCUUAUAUUUAUGUUCUGUCAAUAAAGGUGAUGUACAGGUCCAUUUCAGAGACUUUUUUAAAAAAUGUGAAUGUUAUUAAAAAUACUUACUACUUGUUUGUCAUGAUACAACUUUUUUUUUUUUUUUUUUUGAAAAUCCAGUUGCUCUUGGUUUAAUGUUUCCUUCUUUCAUUAAGAAUGCAAAUACUGAAGCUUCCUACUUACACGUUAGGACUUGCAACAGGAUAAAAGAUAUACCUCCACAUUUCCAAAAUAGAUGUGUAGUUAAAUAUGCAGGGACAGUUUGGUUUAAUGUAUGUAGUUUAUAGAUUGAAUUCCACAGAUCUGUACAUAUGUUGUAUUCACUUGUCUCUUUUAAUUAAAGUAAUGCAAAUUGCUUUCACGGGUAUAUUGGCUUUUAAAGUUUCAAUUUAUCAAGGAAACAAUCUAUUGAUUUUUCAAUCUAGAAAUGAAUACCUAAAAUAUGAGAAAACAAUAUAUAAUAUAUGUACAGUAUUAAAAAUGUUCAAUUCUUGAUCAUUGCUUUGAUUUCAUGAUACUGGGUUCCUGUUAGUGAAUAAUUUAUUUAAAAAGCAUGUUUUCUAUUUGAAAUUAAACACAGUUCUAAAUUAACAAAUACUUUUCAGUGAUUUGUUUUAAUAGCUGACACUUAAUGAUCUUGAUAUUUUUAUGCAUCAAAAAAAUAACAGUAAUGUAAGUGGCAUGCAAUGGACAAAUAUGUUCCAGUUGUGUUUAAAAGAGCAGUCGCUUUUUUUUCUGUGUCCUAUCACUGUUUUCCUUUAAGAGUGCAGUAGUUAAUUACUCAAAUGCAGUAUGUGGUUUGAGAAGAGCAACAGAUUCUAGUAACCUUCUGGGAAUAUGAGUUUUGGCUAUUAUGGUUUUUGGAACAAAAGAACAUUUUCAACUUAAGCCUUUUAAUUUUUGCAGAAGAUUAAAUACUGUAAUAUUUAUGACAACAGUCUUCAAGAAUUAUUGUUCUAAAGUAGAACCUGCUUUAUACAAAUUUAGUAUGAAGUCUGAGCCGGCAAACCUCAAGUUAACUAUCAAGUUAGCAAUCUCAAAUCUCAAUUUAACUAACAUUAUUUGCAUUCCACUUAUGGGAAUAAGGAUUUGUUGUCCUUAUGGUAUUAGGUCCCUCAUGAACUUUCAUUCUUAGUAGGGUUUUUAUAAAUACAGGUAAAUGACCUCACUAAAUUUUUUAUUGUAACAUCCUUGAAUUAAAUAUGGCAAAUUCAGAGGUAGUGAUUGACUAUCGAUAGACAAUUAAAAUCAUUGCUAUUUUUUCUGACCCCUGAAAGGAAAGAAAAUAUGUAGCUUCUAUAAUUAAUUUGUCAUAAGAACAUUCAGGAGUCUUACUUCUUGAUAUAACUGCAAUCUGUAUUUUAAAUCGUGUCAAGCUGAAGAGCUCGGUUUCAAGUUCAGUUUAGUUAGUAACAUGAGGGCAGAUUUAAAUUGUUGCUUCUUUAUAGUGAGAAUUCCAAAGCUACUCUUUGUGUCACACAGUAGGAAAAAAAAAAAACACAAAAGAACAAACCCAGCUCAUUUAGCAUUUAACAAGGGAUUGUUAAAGUAACCUCUGUUUUUAGUGUCAAGCAUCCAAUGGUGUCUAUCAUUCUUUGGUAAGAAGAAUGUCAUGCAACUUAAUGUUAGUGGUCUGGAUUUUGCUCUCACCUGCACAAAUCUGCCUUUAGACUUCAAAGUUUCAUGCUAGUUUUAGUAAUUAUCAGGGCACAGCAUUGUACAGUAACUCCACAACUGACUUUGUGCUUGUCAGUUCUGGAUUUUUCCUUGGGUACUCCACGUGCCCAGAUUAUUCUGCAUGUAACCCUAGUAUUACUUUUAUCUGAUGUGCAAGCUCUUCUGUAAUUCUCUUUAAGUUACUUCUGUCAGUUGUACUUGCCUUUAGUUACAGGCAGCUCAAGCCCGUUUUGAUUCACACUGGUGAGUACAAUCAAAUCUUCACCAAGGUCUCCCUAGCUAGUAUGUGUUAUCUUGUGUAUAUCUUGGCAAGGGAAGGGGGAACAUUCAGUAAGCAAGAACAACUUUCUGUGGCUAGCUUGCUUUCAAUGGUCAUCUCCUGAGAGUGGGUAUUUUCUAGAGAGCCUCAAGUGCAAUUGUGAGAUCUGUAGAGUCAUCUUGCCACAUCCCAGUGUACCUUUGUUUCUCAUGUUCAAGUUGUUGAGUGUAAGGGGAGAAGCUGCAUUAAAGGAGUCUCUAGAUAAGAUGGACUGAGCUGUACUGAAAGUAAUAUGAUGGUAUCACUGUAAUCAUAGAAUCAUUUAGGUUGGAAAAGACCUUUAGCAUCAACUACUUCCCUAGGCAAUCUGUUCCAGUGCUUGACAACCCUUUCGGUGAAGAAACUUUUUCCUAAUAUACAAUCUAAACCUCCCGUGGCACAACUUGAGGCUAUUUGCUUACUGCUUGUUGCCUUGGAAAAAAGACCAACAUCCAUCUCGCUACACCCUCCUUUCAGGUAGCUGUAGAGAGCAAUAAGGUCUUUCCUUUUCUCCAGACUAACCAACUGCCAUUCACUCAGCUGCUCCCCAUGAGACUUGUGCGCUAGAUCAUUCAUGAGCUUUGUUGCCCUUCUUUGGACAUGAUCCAGCACCUCAGUGUCUGUGUUGGUGUGAGGGGCCCAAAACUGAAUGCAGUAUCUGAGGUGUGGCCUCAGCACCUCAAAUACUGUGCAGGACAUGAGGUGCUGAGUCCUGCACACCUUUGCUGUGCAAGACUCAGCAAGCAGUCCAGUACAAUCACACCCCUGGCCCUGCUGGCUAUGCUAUUGCUGAUAAAGGCCAGGAUGCUGUUGCCCUUCUUGGCUGUCUGGGCACAAGCUGCUCAUGUUCAGCUCUGUCAGACAGCACCCCCAGGUCCUGUUCCACCGGCAGCUUUCCAGCCACUGUUCCUCCAGCCUGUAGCAUUGCAUGGGCUGUUGUGGCCCAUAUGUAGGAUUUCUGCCUUGUUGAACCACAUGCAAUUGGCCACAGCCCAGUGAUCCAGCCUGUCCAGAUCCCUCUGCAGAGCAGAUCAACACUCCCAGCCAAGUUGGUGUUGCAUAUUACAUUCUGUUUUCUAAACUCCUGUAAAUUUAAUUCUGAGCCAAGUGGGAAGACCUAUUCCAUCUAAAUUAUUAGAAGCAGCAAUUUCUGGGCUGCCUUAUUUGUUAUAGUGGUACUGAGUAGCUGAAGCUGCUUGAAUGGUUUCAGCAUUUCGCAGACAAAGUGCUGCAUUUGGGCAUAAACAAUUUGAAAUGAACAUAGCACUGGGAGUUACUUAUUUGGAUGUUAGCCUCAUGCUUGCUCUCAGGCUUUUAAGUUUAGAUAGCGUGAGAUAUUUUAUUUACCCUAGUGAAACCUAUUUCAUGUUCAUAUAAUCAGUUGCUUGGUCAGAAUUGUUCUGUUCUGAUUCAGAAUGUCUUGGCACUUAAAUGUAUGGUUCUGUAUGUAUUUUGUAGGGAAAGUAUGUACCCACAGUAUUAAAGGGGAUCAGAAGAUGAAGAUGUUGCUUCUAGAUUUAACCACUUUAAUUGUUUCACUCCAUUCUCCACAGACAAGCCCUCCUACAGCAUCCAAAACUUUAACUUUGAAUUGUAAAUUAUGACCUCAGAGGAAUGAAUUCAAAGUAGUAACUGCUGUGGUUUAAGUACUGUGACCAGAGCAGUCAAAUUAGAACUAUCAUUCUAGCAAGGUAUAGGCUGUUACCACUUCAGCUGUUAAUUUUAUUUUUUUAAUGCAUUGAAUUUAUUAACAUAAAGCUCUGUGUAUAAGAAAUAAACUAAAACUGAGCAUUCAUUCAUAAUACACGAAUGUAUGUGAAUAGAUCUUCUGAAAUAUUCAAGCUUUGUGAUUCUUACGUUCAAGAGAUUCUUGUUUCUCAUUUUCAAAGUGAUCAGAUGUUUGUGCAAUUUAAAGCAGAUAAAUUAUUUUGUGUGGGUUUAUCUGUGUUCAACUACAACAAUGGCUUCAUUUUAUCAUUAAUAUGUUUGGAAGAUGUUAACGUAGUUUUCAAAAGUACUUAAUAUUUUUCCCCUAACAUGAAAAAAUAGUGUAUCAUGACAUCUGCAUGUCAUCACCAUUCUUCCAGAUCCUCUAAAAAUUGUUUACAGGUAUGAGGUAUACUGCUUGGUUGAAGAGCUGCUGUAAAAUCUGUAGCAUCUAGUCCUUUCAAAUCCCUUUGCACUGAGUAGUUUAUUCUAACAUGUAUUUAAUUUUAAUAUGCAAAAUAGAGAUGGGAAUACCAUACAUUGUCUUUUAUUUGGAGUAGUAUAUUAAAACACUUUACGUGCAUAUAAUAUAUAGUGGCAUCUUUUUAUGCAGAACCAUCUCAAAAUGCUUUAUAAAUCUCCUCAAAGAUUCUAAAUCCCUUUUGUAGAAAAGAGAUUUUUAUUCAUUUUUUUGAAUUGUGGAUGAAGCCAAGGCAUUGAUUAAAUGUUGAAUCAAUACACUACCACCUAAGUAAUUUUAGGAGGCUAUAGAAGUAUGCUCCAAAGAGUUGCAAGUAGAGUCAGGAGGAAAAAAAUAAAUAAAACAAAUAUGUAUAAAAAUAAGUGGUAAAGAUAUGGAAACACUUGACAGGUUCUUUGGAGUUUGUUGGUUUCUUGUCUGUUGAGGGUUUUUUUUUUUAAAACCUACAUCACCACAGCUAGUAUAAAAAUUGGUCAGCUAUUCAUUUCAAGAUAAAAUUAAUGAAUGUAGAAAUAAUUUGAAGUGACAAAAAGGAGCUUUCUCCAUAAAUCUCUUCAGCUGGUGUAAACUAGCACAGGACUGCUGGGGCUAUUAUACCUUCAGUGAUUUAAAUUCAUUAUAUAGGUACACUUGUGGAAAAUCAAGAUUUCACCGGUUUGAGAGCUGCUGACUUACUGUGUCUCAUCUGGAAUCACAGUGCUUGGUUGAACUUCAGCUGGGUUUCAGUUGGAGAUAAUUGAUGUAAGGGUGAAUGUAAACAACUGGAAGUAUACAUCCAGAAGUAAAUGAUUGGAGAAAUGACUUUGUGGUAGAACUGACUAUCCUUAACAUAAAUGUAAUGGUGAAAUGGGCAUUCUUAGUCUGUGGUGUACUGUUGUUUGAAAUCUGAAAUUAAAUAUAUGGAGUUACUUUUUUUUCUCCAGUCUGUGGCCCUAUUGGUAUGAGGAAAUAACCUAGCUGGUUCUGCCCCGUGGGUCUGUAGUGAAGUAAUCUCCUUGGGUAGGAUUUUUCAUCUGCCAGUCAGAUUGUUUCCUAAAAUCCUGUUCCCUUAACACAACAUAACAUUAACUUAAUGAUUGUAUAUGUAUAUCUAUAUACACAUGUAUGUGUGUGUAUAUGUAUAUAUGUGUAUUUAUAUAUUUGAGACUGUUAUUCAGAUGACCUGUUUUCAAGCAGUGUUUUACAAUCAAAAACACACUGUGCUGCAUUCAAAAUAUAAUGUAUAUUUAUAUUGACUGUGUUGAGUAUGCUUUUCAGAAGAAAAAUAUCAACAAAAGUACAUCUACUUUUGUGGCAUGUUUACUAUUUUGGCCUAAUUUAAAAAACAAAACAAAAAUAUCCACCCAGAAACCCAACAAUAACAAAACCCCAAACACUGUAAAUUCAGUAAGGCACUCAAUCUGCCUCCUUUAAAGCCUUGUGAUUAAAUUUCUUCCCAGACUUUAUGGCAUUUUGCUUUCACUCCUUCCUCUGCCUAGCAUAAAUGAAAGCAGAAUGUGGUUUUCCUCUUCUAAAUUCUUCAAGCAGAUUUCUUUGAAUAAAAUGUUUUCAGCCAUGGCGUAACACCAGCCUUUUUUGUUUAUAGUUCAUCCUUGUAGAUGCAUUAAAUAUUCAUGGUGGAAAUAUUCAGGAAAGGGGGAGCUAUGUCAAAACAUUUUUCCAUGUAUGUGUGCCCUAACAUUUUUUAGAAAGAAGCCAAAUUUGUUGCAUAUAGGGAACAGUUUGCAAUAGAAGUAUGGGUUUGUUUCUUUCUAUUAGCAUGUUUUCUAUUCUGCAGUCCUCAAGGUAGAUUAAUAUGUUAGUUUUAGCGGAUCAGCUGUAAUGUUUGACAUCAGAAUUACAGUCUAUGCAUUAAUUCCCCUUCAUUAUGGAAACAUUUCUGAUUUGAAUUGUGAAAACACUUUUUAAAAGAAAACCCCUAAUAUUUGGAAGAGGUGUAUAUUUGUUCUGGUUUUGCAAUAAAGUGAAGAGUAUUAAAAAGGUGAAAUAUAAAUGCCGUUGUAAGUUGUGCAAAUGUAAGUGGUCAUUUUUUUUUGUCAAGAAAUAUAUGAAUGUAAAAACUUUGCAGAUAUUGUAUAUAUUUUCUGUAAUAUAUGUAUAUUUGGUCAUAAGAUGGGUGGAGAAUUGUAAAAAUUAAGCACUUUAAUUCCUGUUGAGUACUUAAAAAGAAAUUUGUAUCCUGUAAAAUAAAAGCAUCAUUAAAUAAGUA